AUGUCUAAAUUAAGAAAUGAUGAUUAUUGUAAUAUACCUUUUACCUCAGAAAUUUGUGAAGAUGAUUUUUUUACGUAUUCAAACAUCGCCAGUUUAUUAUCUAAAUGUGAAAAGGAUAAAGAAAAAAUUACAAAGAUUCGUACCAUUGGUAUCUUAGAAAGCAUUAAUGGCAGAUUUUUCAUAAAAGAUGUUAUUUCACCUAAUAAUGAAGCAUCUAAACUGUUAGUCUCCAUGGCAUAUGUAAAGUCAUCAUUACACUCAUCUAUUAUGCCAUACACUGUUCAGAUUUUUGGUACAAUGCAGUGGACGAACCAACCAGUUAUAUAUGCACAAAUAGUUCAGGUACUUAACACAAAUGCAGCAUUGCGCCUUAAUGAUGCAAUGCAGAGUAUAUGCGAUAAGCAUUUAGCAAAAUGUAACUAAGUAAGGCAAAAUUUUAAAUUUGAAUGUGAAUAAAGAAUAUUAAGUCAUUGGAAAUGU